AUGCGCAGCAGUAGGAUUCUGACUGAUUCAUCGUUCUCCCUCUCUCUUCCAUCCUGGAUAGAGUUUCUCAUACCUUCCAAAGAAAGCGACGAGCAGAAGUCUCUCUUGCGAGCUUGCACGUCGGAGCUUAAGGCCGAGGAUCAGAUCACCGCGGAGCGGAAUACCUGCGACGCGCUCGGCCUCCUUCAUCCGGACGGUCCUCGCUUCCACGCCUGGAACGUGCUCAUUCACACGCUCGUCAUGUGGUCGUCAUUCUGGGUGACCCUGGAGUUCGCUUUCAUUCCGAACCCUUCCCCGGGGAUUCUCUACUUCGACAGCGCCGUGUGUCUCGUCUUUAUCUCCAAUAUCGGCGUCACCUUCAAAGCGGCCUUCCGCUCCAGCAAAACCCUUCGCCUCGUGACGUCGAAGAAGGCGAUCGCGACGCGAUACGCGAAAGGCGGACUUCUCUUCGACGUCUUGUCGUCCAUUCCGCUAAACAUGUUUUAUUUCUGGGCUACCGGCCAGCCCGCUUCCGGAGCCCUUGGCUACGUCUUUCGGGGUCUUCCUUGCCUGCGCCUGUACCGUAUCGCCCACUUCUACAGCGAUCUGUCCGCGGUUGGAAUGACCGGCCCCUCGGUGUAUUUCAGCAUUCGCAUUUUCAAGCUCGUGCUGGUGUCCCUCGUCCCACACCUCCCCCCAUUGUCUCUCUUCCUCUCUCCUUCCGUCGCCUCUUUCCCAUAUCGCUCUGCGCCCCGCUCUCCAAACUUCGUCGUUCGCACAGCAUCUCUCCUCCGCAUGAUUGCGCGCGCGCAGAACAUCCCCCUGGCGUUGCGCGCACAGCAUCGUCUGGGAUCUCAACAUCUUUCAAUCUGCCUCUCUCCUGCGUGCAUGCACCCCCUCCGCAUGAUUGCGCGCGCGCAGAACAUCCUCCUGGCGUCUCACUUCUUCGCCGUGGCCUACUUCUUCCUCACCCUCAUGGAGCCCGACCCUGCAAACACCUGGAUCGGCCAAGGCAUUGGCCCGGACUGGCCUGAGCAGUCCGUGUUUCUUCAAUACGUGGCGGCCCUGUGGUGGUCCAUCUUCGUCAUCACCAGCAUCGGCCCCGCCUACACUUCCGUCACCACAGCUGAGCAGAUCUUCAGCUGCUUCUAUGCUCUCUUCGGCAUGGCAACUCACGAGGACAUGGCGGCGCUCAAGGCCUACGUCGCCCGUACCAACCUGCCGGCGGACGUGGAGCGGCAGCUGAAGCAGCAGCUGCGCGUGCAGCUGCAAAUGCACAAGUCCGACGCCUCCUCCUUCCUCUCCAGCAUCCCCCACCACCUGCGAGUCACCGUCUCCCGCCAGCUCUACCUCCCCAUCGUCGAAAACCUUGACGGAUUCCGCCUCUGCUCCAAGGCCUUCCUUAAGCAGCUGGCAUCAGAGAUGAACGUGGAAACGGUCAUGCGCAAUGACGUUGUGACAUUGGAGGGUGAUGUGUCAACCCAUCUCUACAUUGUGCUCUCUGGCAAGCUCGUUCGUGAGGACGGACCUGCAGCAGCCCUCCAGAGCGGGUUCUCCUCCUUUCUGUCAGCAGGGUCGGUGUUCGGCAAGACGGCAGUGAUGUGUGACGUGCCGCAGCUCUUCACAGUGCGAGCGUUGGAGCACAGCCAGCUGCUGCGCCUCUCCAAGUCCGCCUUCUCCACCAUCGCCAGAGCCUACCCUGCAGACUCCACCAUCCUCUACUCCGCCCUCAAGCAGAAAAUCGACGGUGUGGAUGUUCUCACACGCACGCCCUCGGAGAUCGCAGUGUCGCAGGGCCUGGCCCGCUCACCGCCCUCAUGGAAGGCCCUCGGCGCCACCCCCAAGGAGCCAGCUCAGGGCGAUGGGGCUGCUGGCCAGGUGGUGCUGGAGUCUGUAGUUGUGGACAAAGGGGUUUCUGAGCAGGUAGAAAGGGUGUGUUCCGCUGCUGCCUCGGGCCAUGUGGACCAGCUGAACGAGUUGCUCUCAGCGGCACCAUCCCUCGCCCACUGCCACGACUACAAUGACCGCACCCCCCUGGUAUUCAUUCAUUCCCACCAUUAG